CCAUCCCUCCCAGCGCCCGUCCGUCCGUCCCUCCACCCCUCUGUCCGUCUGUCCGUCCCGCCGCCGCCCGCCCCGCGGGGACCGGGGCAUCGCAUCCAGGCGGUGAAGGGCCAAGAGGAGCAGAGCUUCCCUGAGAGGCACAAACCACCGGAGAGAUCGGCUUCUGAUUUUUAAUUCUGGGGGGCUUGCAGGGCUGGGAGCAGCCCAGCUGCUGAUCCUGGUGUGUUGCUGCCUGCAGCCCAUCCCGGGAGCUCCUGGCUUGCCCAUGGCUAGCAACAACACUGCUAGCAUAGCACAAGCCCGCAAGCUGGUGGAGCAGCUGAAGAUGGAGGCCAACAUCGACAGGAUAAAGGUGUCCAAAGCAGCAGCAGACCUGAUGGCUUACUGUGAAGCCCACGCCAAGGAGGACCCUCUAUUGACCCCAGUCCCCGCCUCAGAAAACCCCUUUAGAGAGAAGAAGUUCUUCUGUGUGAUCCUGUAAACCCUGGAGGAGCCUGACAGGCACUCAGGCCACCCUGAACACUGAUGUAGAGUUUUUAGGAAUGGGGACGACCUGCUGGUCCGCAGAAUUUAAACAAAAAUAAGUUUAAAAAAAAAAAAAAAAAAAAC